UGUUAAUAAAAAAUUACUAGCAUUAGAAAAACUAUUAAAUUGCUUCGAAAAAAAAAAUGACGACCUUCGACAAGGGCGAUAAUGGUGCAAAGGCGCAAAUGUUGCCGCAAGAUGCCACAAAAAUUAUUAUGGAAUCGGCGAAACCUUUCACAAGCGAUGCGCUGCGACGCAGUUCAACGCCACACACAGCCGUUGGAAAGGUGAAAAAGGCGCUGAGAAGUCGCCUGGAAAUACUCAAUUGGAUCUGUGAUUACAACACCGAAUGGGCCAUGAGCGAUUUAAUUGCUGGCAUAACCCUUGGCCUGACCAUAAUACCGGAGAGCAUUGCGUGCGCCCUACUUGCCGGACUACCCGCGCGCUAUGGCCUCUGCUCGGCUUUUCUGGGUUCUUUUGUGUAUUUGAUAUUCGGUUCGAUUAACAAAGUAAUCAUCGGUCCCACCAGUCUAGUCGCCCUGGUCAGCUUGCAGUUCACUGUGGGCAAACCAAUUGAAUUUGCCAUACUCCUCACCUUACUGACGGGCGUUGUUGAAUUGAUAAUGGGAAUAUUGCGCGUGGGUGUUAUUUUCGAGUUCCUCUCGGUGCCAAUAAUUAAGGCUUUCUCCUCCGCCACCGCCAUACUUGUCAUCGAAUCUCAGAUAAAAGUAAUGUUGGGCGUAAAGUACCUCGUGUCUGGCUUUAUUGGGUCUGUUGCUGCGCUGGUGCCACGGCUGCACGAAACUAAUUUCGGUGAUCUUGGAAUGGGUUUGUUUGCUGUUUUCUUUCUGAUCGGACUUGCGCAAUUGGAAAAAUUGGCUGAAAAUCCAAAGAUGAAUCCAAUAGUGCGAACCAUCUUUCGUUAUUUAUCCUUCUCGCGCAAUACGCUAAUAGUCAUAGUCACCGGCACUAUUUCCUGCAUUUGGCUUAGUCAAAAACACUCCGCACCUUUUACGCUGAGCAAGAAUGCACUCGCCGGUCUACCCAACUUUACAAUUCCAGAUUUUUCAGUAGAAACACCAAAACAGACUUACACAUUUGUCGAAAUGUUAGCGGAAUUGAAUGUUGGCAUUGUUGUUAUACCCAUCAUUGGAAUACUUACGAAUAUCUCGAUUGGUAAACUGACUCCCAAAGGCAUGGUUGACGCUAAUAAGGAAUUGAUUACCGUCGGUCUAUGCAAUCUCGCCGGUUCCUGCGUGCAAUCCAUGCCUGUGUCAGGCGCCUUUUCACGUUAUGCCAUCAGCAAUGCUUGUGGUCUCAAAACUCCAAUGGCCAAUUUGUAUCUAGGAGUCAUUGUUUUACUGGCGCUGGGCUUUCUCAGUCCCUACUUCAACUACAUACCCGAAUCCACGCUUGCCGCCAUUUUGAUGUGUUCCAUUGUAACUCUAUUGGAUUUCCAACUGCCGCGUCGUUUAUGGCGCGAUGCCAAACGCGAUUUCUGCAUUUGGGUGUUAUGCUUCACUGUGUGUAUACUUUGUGGCGUCGAGGUGGGAUUGCUGGUCAGCAUUAUAGUGACUGUAUUGCAUUUGCUGUUUCUAUGGGCACAUCCCGGCAUCUCAGUACAUGUGGAAGAGAUAAAUGAAUUUCAAUUCAUACGUGUCACACCCACUGGCGUCAUCUAUUUCCCCGCCAUCAAUCAUUUGCGUGCCAAAGUGCUGAAGGCGUGCGAACGGGUGAAUUUUAGUCUACCUGUAGUUAUGGAUUGCCACAAGAUCACAGGCCUCGAUUUCACUGCAGCGCAAGGCAUUUCAAAACUACCAGAUGAUCUGUGUCAAUCGGAAACGGAUAAUGGGCCCCUCUUGAUUAUACACCGACUCGGUGCGGACAAACAGAAGCUAAUUCAAAGCACUGCCAAAUUGAUCUUUUGUGACGAUGAGGAGAAAUUGAAUGAAUGCAUAACUCAAGAAUCAGUGAAGAAUGGAAAUAUGCCACUAAAAGAGCAAGUGAUAUCCACAAAUGGGAUACUUGGCGAAACCCAAUUAAAUUUGCAUUAUUAGAGCAUAGCAGAAGGGGGAGAGACGCACUGCAAGUCAGUCCAUGUGAUAUGUACGAAAAUAAAAUAAGUAAUAAUUGGGACAGACAAACACUUGCAUCCCUACACCUAUACAUACACACAUACAUGUAUACAGAUAUAUAUAUGUAUAUAUGCAUAUGUGUGUGUGUGUGUGUGAAUAUGAAUGAACGCUUAGCCAGUAAUAGCCAGUAAGUGUUAGCUAGUUACUAUGUACACUUAUAAUGGAUCAUUGUUGUUAUCGACGCCGUAGCCAGAGAGUAUUGGAAUGUUUGUGCGCGCAUUGUGCAAAUAUUCACUUAGUUAUAAUUUCAGUUUAACAAUAGUAAAUUUUUAAUGUAAAUAAAUAUGCAUAUGAAUAUAUGUAGAAAGUAUUAAGGAAUAUGAAUGAAAUAAAUAAAUACAAUUGUUGUAAGUAUAAA